GUAUAAAUUUGUAAUCAAAAUAUGAUUGUUUAAGACUGUUCUGUUGCUUGAAAAGAAGUAGUUUACAUUUUAUAUUAAUGCGAUUAUAAGAUAAUUGCACGUUGGACAAAAAGUGAUGCACUCACUUGUUGAACAUUUUUGUAUCAGUGUAUUUGUGAAUGUAUGUUAUCUGUAAACGGCAUUUUAAAAUUCUCACGUUUGUCAAUAUUUGAGCGAGCAAAGAUGUCAACUGAGAGCUUAAACAGUCUUAGCGACUUGGAAUUGCAUAGAAAACUGAUCCAGAGCGGCUUCCCCAACACGCCGGUGACUGAAACAACCCGGGCAGUUCUAAUUGAGAAGCUCAGGAAACACACAGUGGCUGAUAAGCGGAGAAGAAAGAGCAACAAGUACGUGUUGUACUCAAAGGACCAGCAGGAAUCGCCCUCCUAUCAAUAUCCCCAAUAUUCAGGAUUCUCCAACGGUGUAGAAAACAACAACGAGGCAGAACUAAGUCGCACAUCCUUGUCCUUCAAUCAGCGCAGCUUUGACGAGUGCGAUUCUAGCCCACUCCACUUAUCGGCUUCAAAAAUGUACGCCCCACCACCUGUGGUAGCAUCCAAUUACGACGGCGACUGCUCACCCCACACCCUGAGCUUGAAUGGAAAAUACCGGCAACAAUGCUCCAUGCCGUACUCGAUAGACACUUCGAAUAGCUACGGUAAGCCGAGCAGUAAAGUCAAACUAUCCGAUGGCGGGGUAGUCAACCGACUUCUCAGCUUUCGAGACACAACAAUUCAGCGUAAAUUCAACACUAAGGUUCCGCUUACAACUCAAGGAUCACGAGUGCCUCCAAAAAGCGGUAGACUUAAUCGGUUCGCCUUAUCGGAUCUGAAACAGUUCUUUAAAAAUCCUGACAUCCGACAAUAUGUAAUACCACAAGUGCUUAUUUCACUUUUCUUAAUUUUCUUGACAAUAAUAACGGUCCUAUAUGUAAGCAAAAGGUUUGAGCAGAGUCCCAUCGAUAAGGCCGUGCUUAAAUACACAUUGUGCAACCCAAACGAUGUCCAACUGGUUAAUGAUAGAACGAAUUGCAUAGGAAAGGAUUCUCUUAAAAGUGCUUUGGACAUGAGUGAGGAACUCAUAAAGCACCUGAACGAACGGGCCCGUCUACAUCACUGCAAGGACCCCAGCUUGUCACCCACAUUGGAAGUAAACGAAUUUGUCAAUGAAUUAUUGAGCAGCUCUAAAAGCCUCAGUGCCAAUCUGCAAAGCAAUCUUUUGGCCACAAAAUACCUUAUUGCCGAAAACCCACAGUGGAGUGUACAACUUGUAGACUCUAACCCUCUAGGUCAGGAUUCGUACUUUGAACUCUCUGAACCCAGUCUGCCACUUAAGUGCAUUGUUCUUAAAAAAGUUACACGUUUCUUUACCCUUAUCGGUACGAUAUUUUUGAUAGUAUUGGGAGUCCUCCUCGUCUACUUUGCAGUUGUGCUUUACCGCGUCAAACAAAAGGAAGCUCUUAUGGCAGUCGACCAAGUCACAAAGGAUAUUAUUAACGAACUAAUUUACCAUAGUUCCCAAUCCGAAAGCCCCGAGGUGAUCAUAAAUCAGCUUCAGGAAAAACUUUUGCCUGCAAAGAAACGCUCCAAGCAUUUGACUGCGUGGAAUAAAGCACUUAAGCAGUUGGAGAAAAACGACAGCCGCGUCUUGUUUGGAAUGGUUAAUCGCGAUGGGAAAGCAUUGCGUACUAUUGCUUGGAAUAGGAACCUGGAAAAAAAAGAUCCUGGUCUGGUAAAGAAGUGGCAGAGUCCCGCAUUCGACAACUCCAACAAGAUUGCCAAUCCACCGACGCCCUGCCUGAAGAUUAGGCACAUGUUUGAUUCUUCUGAAGUUAACCAAGCCAACCUGAAGCAGUCGAUCGUCGAGUCUAUCAUAGAGAAGGUGGGACCGCGUUGCAAGAUCUGCGACGUGCAAUUGGAUAUCCAGUCCUGCUGCGUUUACAUACGGUGCGCUAGCGAAGAAGAUGCCGGUAUGAUUCACAACGAAAUUAAUGGCUGGUGGUUCGACAAGCGCCUGAUUUCUAUCAAAUUCUUAAGACUUGAACGCUAUCUUAGCCGUUUUCCCGUGCCCUCGGCCGAGCCAAUUUACUUCCAUCCCAGCGAGGCAGCCAACACUCACUCAUAAAAACCACACUCUACACUAGAUACUUAAGUUAUUAAAUGCGAAUUUGUUUUUACUUGUAA